GGUUCAUCAUGUUUUAGUCAUACAGAAGGAGGAUAAUUAAAGAACUUGCCUUGCCAGUAAACCCUAAUCCGAUUAUGGUAAUUAGGUUCCGAAACCCGUAUUAGGAAUCUCGAUUGUCUUGAAAUGGUGGCUAUAUAUAUAUACACGUCUCGAGUUCUUCAGAUUGUAUUCUGCUAUUGAUCAUAUUAAGAGAUCACAGGAGCUCUGCGCUGAAGGAAUUAAUCAUGGGUCGUCGCAAGAUCGAGAUCCAGAUGGUGACGGACAGUUGCACGAGGCAAGUGACUUUCUCGAAGCGAAGAACCGGGCUUUUCAAGAAGGCGAACGAGCUCGCGAUCCUGUGCGCUGUCCAGAUUGCGAUCAUCGUGUUUUCCCCUGGAGGCAAACCCUUUUCGUUCGGGCACCCGAACGUGGAAUCCCUCGUUCACCGAUUUCUAAAUCAGGAAAAGGCUACGGAUGAGGGCACGAGCAAAGCUGCUGAAUCUCGUGACGAAACCACAACCGAUGAUAAUCUAAACCAACAACUCCUCGAUCUACUCAAGCAAUUAAACGCAGAGGAGAAGCGAGGAGAGAUGCUCGAGAAGGCGCUGAAAGCAAAACGAGCUGCCAAAGGCCAACCUCCAGUUGAUCAACUUGGAUUGCUUGAACUCGGAGAGUUGAAGAGCUCGUUGGAAGACCUUCGUGAGAAACUGAGAACUUGUAUGAACGAGAAGGAGGUGAUUUCUGCACUGUUAAUUCUCGCAGAACAGCAGCCGAGGACGUAAACCAAUCAGAGAACUGGGUUUAGAAACUUGCUAUUGUAUCCAUGCCUUCCCAAUAACAAAUGAAUUUGGUUACCAGUA